AUCUAUAUUAUCAUCUCUUCAAAGUAUUUUAUCUUUAGUGACUGGUUGCAAGACGAGAUAUCUAGCGGCAUAUUAAUAUUAUUUUGGAUUAUUCUCAGAUUUGUUUUGUUAACUUUAAAGCUUAUGUACUUUACAUGCAUCUCUCUUGUGUAAUAAAAUGAGAUCUAUAUUUAUUACUACUUUGGCAUUGUUUAUCGCCGAUAUUAUGUGCAAGUCUGAAAAUGGUUUCCACAAAACAGAAUAUACAUCACACCCCAACUGGAGACUGCUACCCAGUAACAACUGCGGGAGACCGAAGAGCUUUCACGAUAGUUUUAGUACUCGGGUUUUUGGCGGCUAUGAUGCUCAGUUGGGCCAGUAUCCUUGGAUGGCUGAACUAGUAGUGGUAAAUGCCAGAGAUCAUGGCCAUGCGUGCGGUGGAUCAAUCAUUAGUAACAAGUAUAUUGUCACCGCUGCUCACUGCUUUGAAGUACCUUAUGCGUUAAUAGUGAAACUAGGAGAACUAGAACUAGAUACCAACGUUGACUGCACACCGCUAUUGACAAGAUGCGCUCCUCCAGCUAUAUAUGUAGAUAUUGAAUUGGUUAUAAUACACCCCAAGUACAGGUUAACUGGAGGGUACUCAAGAUAUGAUGUGGCACUCGUCCGUUGCAGACAAGAAAUUCAAUUUAAUGAUUACAUCAAGCCGAUUUGUCUACCUACAUUUCCUAUAGAUGAGAGUGUUUUAUUAAACUCGACAUUGCAAGUAGCAGGAUGGGGAGUGUCAGAAAUAGAUGAAACAAAUAAUUUCUUGCAAGUCUUAAACGCCCAGUUCGUGCCAAAAGUAUACUGUAUCGCUCUCUUCAACAAUGCUCUCAUAGACCGACAUAUCUGCCCAGCUCCUUACGUGAACUGGUGUAAUGUGGAUAUCAAUGAUGAAGUUAUAUGUGCAAAUGUAAUCAGAGGAAAGGGCACGUGUUUUGGAGACUCGGGUGGACCCCUGAUGAUGCAGCAUUCAACAUCCGGUAGUAUUUCUACGGUUCUUUUAGGAGUUCUGUCAUACGGGUUACCAGACCCCUCGUGUGCCAGCGGCGUACCCGAUGUAUACACGAGUGUGCCAGAUGUAGUACUUUGGAUACUAGAUAGCAUUUAUGUAUGAAUAUUGUUUCAUUGUCAUUGUGAAGUAAUGGGAUAUGAAUAGAACAAAGUAGAGGUGUA